CUCAUGUACGGUUCUGUAAUAAAGAUGGUACCAGUGAUGUUAUCACCGAUUAUGAUUAUCUAACAGUUCAAGUACAGUUGAUAUAGUUGAAGCGCAAUCAAAAUAUGGUUUUUGGGGAUGGAAUUUGUGGCGUCAACCUAUAGGGUUUAUCGUUUUUCUAAUUUCUUCCCUAGCAGAGUGUGAGAGAUUACCUUUUGAUUUACCAGAAGCAGAAGAAGAAUUAGUAGCAGGUUAUCAAACUGAAUAUUCAGGUAUCAAAUUUGGUUUAUUUUACGUUGCUUCGUAUUUAAAUCUACUAGUUUCUUCAUUAUUUGUAACAGUUCUUUACUUGGGCGGCUGGAAUAUUUCUAUUCCGUACAUAUUCUUUCCUGAACUUUUUGAAAUAAAUAAAGCAGGAAGAGUCUUUGGAACAAUAAUUGGUAUCUUUAUUACAUUAGCUAAAACUUAUUUGUUCUUGUUCAUUUCUAUCACAACAAGAUGGACUUUACCAAGGCUGAGAAUGGACCAACUAUUAAAUCUUGGAUGGAAAUUUCUUUUACCUAUUUCUCUAGGUAAUCUAUUAUUAACAACUUCUUCUCAACUUCUUUCGCUGUAAAGAAAUACUAUAUUUUAUAUUCACAACUUAUCUCAAACAUCACAUCAAACAAGAGAAAAAAACAAAUAGAAAAUUUUUUAUAGAUAUUUACGAUAUGUUCCCUAUGGUAACUGGGUUCAUGAAUUACAGUCAACAAACAGUACGAGCUGCAAGGUACAUUGGUCAAAGUUUCAUAAUUACCUUAUCCCACGCGAAUCGUUUACCUGUAACUAUUCAAUACCCUUAUGAAAAAUGGAUCACAUCGGAGCGAUUCCGGGGCCGAAUCCACUUUGAAUUUGAUAAAUGCAUUGCUUGUGAAGUAUGUGUUCGUGUAUGUCCUAUAGAUCUACCCGUUGUUGAUUGGAAAUUGGAAACGGAUAUUCGAAAGAAACGGUUGCUUAAUUACAGUAUUGAUUUUGGAAUCUGUAUAUUUUGUGGCAAUUGCGUUGAAUAUUAUCCAACAAAUUGUUUAUCAAUGACUGAAGAAUAUGAACUUUCUACUUAUGAUCGUCACGAAUUGAAUUAUAAUCAAAUUGCCUUGGGUCGUUUACCAAUGUCAGUAAUUGAGGAUUACACAAUUCGAACAAUUUUGAAUUCGCAAGACCAAGUCGAGUGUCCACUAUGCCAUGCAGAUGAGAACUCCACCCUGUUGCAAUUCAAACAAAGCUUUUCAAUUGACAAAUCCACUUCUAGUGAUCCUUUUGCUUAUCCGAAGGUUGCAUCAUGGAAGCUCGAAGGAGAUAGUGGUGAUUGCUGCUCAUGGGAUGGCGUCGAAUGCGAUCAGGAGAAGGGUCAUGUGAUUGGCCUUGACCUCAGCAGCAGUUUCCUCCACGGUUCUAUCAAUUCAAGCAGCAGCCUCUUCAGCCUAGUUCACCUUCAGCGACUUAACCUUGCUUAUAAUGACUUCGAUUACUCUUGCAUUCCAUCAGAAAUUGGCCAUCUCUCAGGGCUAACAAGUCUCAACUUUUCCUCCUCUGCAUUUUCCGGUCAAAUCCCUUUGGAAAUCUCAAAAUUGUCCAAAUUGGUUUCCAUUGAUCUUUCUUUCAAUGUUGACUCAUCAUUUUCAGGACUACUGAAACUUGAAAAGCUUGGGUCCCUUCCAGCUUCACUCGGUAAUUUGACCCAACUCAAUUAUGUGUCGCUUUCAUCCAACAAAUUUAAUGUAGGGACCCUACAAUUGCCUGGUAAGCUAACUGAACUCACUGACUUGGACCUUAGUGACCUCAAUCUAUGCGGUUCGAUCCCAUCAGUUCUUUCAAACCUAACUCAACUUACUCAUUUAGACCUGAACUCCAAUCACUUAAGUGGUGAAAUAACAUCCCAUAUAACGAACCUAACCCAUCUAAUUUCGCUAGAUCUUUCAAUUAAUCAAUUGCAAAGCCCAACCCCAAGGUCAUUCUCUGAGAUAAAGAAUCUUGAAUUUCUAUAUCUUUCCUUCAAUAACCUCGGCGUCUUGGAACUUGAAAUUUUUCUGAUGCUCAAAAAUCUUGCUUAUCUCGAUUUGUCUGGUAACAAAUUAAUAGUUCUAACCAAAAAAACCUCAAAUAACACUAUUAACAAAUUAAAGUUGUUAGAGUUGAAUUCGUGCAACUUAAGGGAAUUCCCAAAUUUCUUGCGCUUCCAAGACAAACUUUGUGUUCUAUCCCUUGCUGAAAACAAAAUUCAUGGCGAAAUUCUGGCAUGGAUGUUGAACACAAGUGUAGAAACUCUAGCGUGGUUAAGUCUUCGGAAUAACUUUCUAACAGGCUUUGAGCAACAUCCAGAUAUCCUUCCAUGGGAUAAUUUAGGCGAAUUAGACCUUUCUUAUAACAGGCUACAAGGACCACUGCCAAUUCCACCAUUAUCCACCCGCUCUUGUAGUGUCUCAUACAAUGGAUUGACAGGAGAACUUCCACCAUUGAUCUGUCGAUUGAGUUCUCUUUAUGUUCUUGAUUUGUCUAAUAACAACUUGACUGGAACUAUUCUUCCAUAUUUGAGUAACUUCAGUGAUUCUUUGAAAGGUCCAAAUCUCGAAGGCAACAACUUUCAGGGUCCCAUUCCUCACUCAUACAAUAGAGGAAACAAAUUGAAGAUGAUUGACUUCAGCGGUAAUAAAUUACAGGGGAAGGUGCCAAGAUCAUUGGCACAUUGUACCGAGCUUGAGAUUCUUGAUCUCUUAAAUAAUCUGAUUGAUGAUACAUUCCCCUUAUGGUUAGGAGAUCUUACAAAGUUACAGAUUCUCAUCUUGCGAUCCAACAAAUUCUAUGGUGAUUUGCCAUCAAAAUACUUUCAAAAUUGGAAUGCAAUGAAAUUUUUUGAUGUCAACAAGAUGAAAUAUAUGAACACAAUCAUUGAAGUUCGCAGGAACAAUGACAGUUGGGGUGAUGGCUAUUGGUACACAACGAACAUUACAAACAAAGGUGUAAAUACAGAAUAUCAGGAGAUCCCGAAUAUCUUCACUGCCAUUGAUCUCUCAAGCAACAAAUUUGAAGGGGAGAUUCCAGAAUUUAUUGGAAACCUUAAGGGGCUUCAGUUGCUCAACCUUUCCAACAAUGACCUUAAUGGUGGAAUCCCAUCAUGCUUGGGGAACCUAACAAACCUUGAAUCUUUGAACCUUUCUCAAAACAAGCUCUCGGGAGAAAUCCCUCAGCAACUAGCACUUCUCACUUUCCUUGAAUUUUUAAAUGUCUCUGAAAGACAAGUUGAGAGAGAGUUGAGAGAGUGA